CGUUACGACGUUUUAGUCUGCUUUACACUUUACUUUGUUAGAGUUAGAGUUUGAAUUUAAUUCGUGCGUUUUAUUUUCAUCAUAAUGGCACACAUCUGUGAAAAGAAUGUUAUAUCGAUGUCAUCGUUCACAGAAGAAAUAAAAUCAAUAGAAAAAACAAAUGCCGAUUUUCUUGUUCUUUGUAAGGAUUAUCGUGCAGAUGAUUUACUUAAACUGAUUCAGGCUACCAUUGAUCAAGGUGCAGAUGUCAAUCAAACUGAUGCUAAUAAGAACAAUGGAAUUGAAUUAUUGUGUGAAAACUAUAAUGCGAAAGAUUUUAUGCCAAUAAUAUCUUGCAUUAUUCAAAGUGGAUUUGAUAUCAAGAAACACAACUCUUCAGUUCUCAGGUCCAUUCUAGACAGCUCAAUGGACCAAAACCAACAGAAUGAGGUGUUGAGACUCCUGACUCGAUAUGGCCUAAAUUUUUAUUUGCCCUACAACUUAAUCAAACUCCGUAAAGAAGAUGGAAGCAUCAGAAUUAAAUUCAUUAACUUUUUAAUAGUAAGCAACAUUUCUUUAGGCUGGCAUGAGGAAUGUCUUAGUUGUCAACAGAUUUUACUGAUUGACAAAUUUGGUAGAGGAGUACUGCAACAUCAAUAUAAGUUUCUGAAUGUUUACAGAAGCUUUGAUAUGUUACAGUUUGCACAGGAAACAGCUGAUUCAACUCUAUCUGAAGAAGAAGUAGCAAGAAGCUGUCCUAGUGAUGCACUGAUGAAAGAAUGGAAAGUUGAUGAAGAUAAAAAAACAAUUUUGUAUCAAAUCCAAAAUGAGUUGAAAGAUUUACGUGACAAUAGUAGAUUUAAUUGUAAAAACUAUGAGUUGUAUCUAAGAACUAUUUGUAGUGCUGCUGAGUCCUUGAACCAUGGAGAUGUAGUUGAAGAAAUCAAAUGGAAUUUUCUUCUACCUUUUGAUUUUCCCCCGCGUCCUCUUAAACUAGACAGCAGUCAACAAGAAUUUGUGAAUGAAUGGGACAAAACACUUGAGGAUUGGUCCCACGAAGAAAAUGAUGAAGAUUUUGGGGAACUACUGGAAAGGGAUUCGCGUGAGGACUUCAUUAACUUAUAUAAUUUCGAUAAUAAAUGUCAUGAUGUGUUGAAAAUGUAUGUUGUGGAUGGAAUGUAAAUGCUAUCGAAUAAAAUCAUUUCCCGAUA